AUGCCUAAAAUCUCAACCUUGUUGUCCGCCGUCUUCCUGGCCAUCGGGGGCUUCCUCUUCGGCUAUGAUAGCGGUAUCGUCACCUCGACGAUCGCUCAGACCGAGUUCAUCAAGUACUUCUCCAACCCCAGUGACACCGUCACGGGAGGCGUGGUCUCCGCCUUCCAGGGCGGCGCCAUUCUCGGCACUAUCAUCAACAUUUUCACUGGUGACCGGCUAGGCCGGAAGCUGUCCGUAUUCGCCGGAGCAUGCAUUUCGGUGGUCGGAUGUGCGCUGCAGGCCGGGGCGGUCGACAUGACCAUGCUCAUCAUCGGUCGAUUCAUCGCCGGCGUCGCCGUCGGCAUGCUGACGGCCACCGUGCCCAUGUACGCGGGUGAAAUGGCUGAGGCUCAGACCCGCGGGAUGAUGUCCGGGCUGCUGCAGUGGAUGUUGAGCUGGGGGUAUCUGGUGGCGCAGUGGCUGGGCUAUGGGUGUUCGUUCAACAAUACUGCUUUUCAAUGGCGCUUCCCCCUCGCCUUCCAAUGCCUCCCCGGCCUCGUCCUCAUGGCGGGUGUCUGGUUCCUCCAAGAAUCCCCGCGGUGGCUUAUGGAGCAAGACCGCCACGAAGAAGCUCUGGCGACCCUCCACAAACUGCACGGCGACGGCACGCCCGAGAAGACGAGCUACAUCGAAGCCGAGUACCAGGAGAUCCGCGAGACGAUUGAAGCCGAACGUGCGCACCAUCAGAUCACCUGGUCGGCGAUUCUCACCAACCCCUCGUGGCGCCGCCGCCUGAUGUUAGGGUGUGGCGUGCAAGCCUUCGGGCCCCUGUCCGGCAUCAACGUCAUCAACUACUACGCGACCCGCAUUUACGCCAGCCUGGGCUUCGACACGCGCACCACCUUGAUGAUCGUCGGCAUCUCCGGAGCGCUCUCCAUCGUCUACGCGACCAUCGGCCUCUGGGCCCUCGAGCGCGUCGGCCGCAUCCGCCCCCUUAUCAUCUCCGCCGCCGGCAUGGCGGGCGCGCUGGUGUGCAACGCCGCCAUGUCGCAGCACUGGGACGAGAACAACACCAACCAACUCCGCGCGAUGGUCGCCAUGAACUUCGUCUUCAGUUUCUUCUACACCGCCCCGGGGAUCAUCAGCUGGGUCUACCCCGCGGAGAUCUUCCCCGUCGCUAUCCGCAACCAGGGGAACAGCAUCACGACCUUCACGAACUGGACGGUGAAUCUGGUGUUCGCGCAGUUCUCCCCCACCGCGUUGACGAAUAUCGGAUUUAGGUAUUUUUAUGUGUUUUUUGUGUUUAAUGUGAUCGCCAUGGGCUGUUAUCUUUUCUUCUUUCCCGAGACCAAGGGGAAGACGCUCGAGCAGAUGGAUCAGUUGUUUGGGGAUGAUUUGCCCGCGCUGGGGUGGGAGAAGGAGGAGAAGGAGCCCGAAGCGGUAGCGGUGGAGGAUAUAACGGCGAGGGAGUAGGGGUUUUGGUUGGUUGCUUGCUUCAUAAUGAAUGAAUGGCUCUCGCGAGUGUUGUGCUGGUUUUGGAAUGUUUCGUUUUUGCGAGUGUAGUGGAGCUCUAGUGGGGGUUUGGUGGGGUCUUGGGUACUGAAGCUAUAAAAAUAACCAAUGGAAUAAUG